UAUGCCCACUGGCAUCUUUUUGAAAGAAAGAAUUCAGGCUGGUCUUUGAGUCAUCUCUGGAAGGUUGUGGUUCUAGUCCUCCGUGGAGACAGAGCAGAGUGAUUGAUCCCCUAGAACACAAAAGCUGAGAUGACACCCAUGAAGAAGGCCCUUGUCCUUGGAAUCUAUACCUUCUCCUUCCUGACAGGCUUGCCUUCCAAUCUCCUGGCUGGCUACGCAUUCCUGAAGAAAGUGAGGCAGAAGCCAGUGCCCAUCGACAUCUUCUUGUGCAACUUGAUCAUCUCCGACCUUUUCCUGCUGUGCUUCCUGCCCUUUAAAAUGGUGGAGGUUGCCAAUGACAUGACUUGGCCUCUUCCUGGCUUCCUUUGCCCACUCACCAACUUCUUCUUCUACAGCAGCAUCUACCUCAGCACCCUUUUCCUCAUGGCGGUCAGUGUGGAACGCUAUCUCUGUGUUGCCCAUCCGGUCAAGCACAAGCUGAACCGCAAGGCAACCUCUGCAAGAGCAGCCAGCAUCUUCUUCUGGUUCCUGGCCUGCUCCCACUGUGCCAGCAUUGUCUAUGCUGUCGAAUACCACAACAGGACCCCGUCAGACCUUAACAUCACCACGUGUUACUACAGCUUCUCCCCAGAGCAGCUCCGCAUCCUUCUCCCUUUCCGGCUGGAGCUCUGCCUCCUCCUCUUCUGCCUGCCUCUUGCCAUCACCCUUUUCUGCUAUGUCAACGUGAUCUGCAUCUUGAGCACCAUGCCCAACAUCCCUCCCCACAAAAAGAAACGGGCGGUGUGCCUGGCGGUGGCCACGUUGCUCAAUUUCGCCAUUGCUUUUGCACCAUACAACAUCUCCCACAUUGUGGGCUUCAUUAAUAAGGAGAGUCCUUCCUGGAGAGUGGAGACUUUCUUCCUCACCUCCCUGAACACCACCUUGGACCCUAUCAUCUUCUUCUUCUCCUCCCACACCAUCCGACGAACCUUCGGCAACUGCUGGUUUGGCAUGUGUAGCAAGAUCCAGGCUGUUGUGUCGCCCUGCUGUUUGUGUUGCUGCAAGACUCCUGAAGACAACAAAGCAGGAGCUGGACAUGUAACUGCUUCAGAUCUCCCCAGUGGACUGGCAGGGGCUCCCACCCCUACUCCUUUUACGACUCAGCAAAGAUCUGGGUCAUCAGAUGACUGAGCAGUCUGGAGCAAGCAUGCCACACAAGGAAGCAAACCUGGUGCUGAAGCUCACAGGAAGCAGAGAACAUUAAAAUCCAAACAGCAUCCCCAUCUAUAAUCUGCCAGUUGUUCUAGUUUCCCAACGCAAGUUUUCCAUCUGAAGCCAUGAACUUACCAUUUCAACCUGCAUUUUGAAAUGGAAAUUAACAUCACCUUGAAAAUGGGGAAACUUGGUUGUUUUUGGCUGGCAGGAAUAUCUCAGUUGUCGUCGUUUGCAAACAUCAAGGAUGAGACUGCAUCUUCCAGUGAUUUCCAGGUAUUCUACCUCCAGAGUAGGGAUGGAGGGAAAUCCAUUUUAAAUGGAUUUAUAGAUGGACUUGGUAGUUCUGACCUGAUUGAACUUUUCCUGUGUCAGACUGCCUCUUGCACUGAGAACUCACAUGUCUGAGCUGCUUAUGUGGUGUCAGUUUUCUUUUUUUAAAAAGCCUGGUUAUAUGCAAAUAGUAUGCAGGGGUACAGACAUCAGUCUCUGCCAGUACAUAGGAGAACUCUCUCCACCCACUGGCCACAUUUGCCCCCACCUUGGGUUUACGGUCUAAUACCUCCUGGUGGAAGGGAUGCAAGUGGUGCUGUGGGUUAAACCUCAGAC